AUGAGUUCCACUAUGACGGUCACUGCUCCCCCAGAGAUUACCGCCGACAAUGUGUCCACCCUCUUCCCUGAGGUUGAUACUUCGCUCGCCCGUGAUGUUCUCCCCAGCGCUAAUGGCAACUCCACACAAGAGGGCACCGAGCUCGAGGGAUACGAUGAUGAGCAAGUUCGCCUGAUGGAGGAGGUCUGCAUUGUGCUGGAUAACAAUGACCGACCCAUUGGUAGCGCUAGCAAGAAGGCCUGUCACCUUAUGACCAACAUUGACAAGGGUCUCCUGCACCGUGCCUUCUCCGUAUUCCUGUUCGAUUCCAAAAACCGCCUGCUGCUCCAACAGCGCGCCACCGAGAAGAUUACUUUCCCCGAUAUGUGGACCAACACUUGCUGCUCCCACCCUCUUGGUAUUCCUGGUGAGACUGGUGCCGAGCUGGAUGCCGCUGUCUUGGGUGUCAAGCGUGCUGCGCAGCGCAAGCUGGACCACGAGUUGGGUAUCAAGGCCGAGCAGGUGCCGAUUGAGAAUUUCGAGUUCUUCACACGAAUUCACUAUAAGGCUCCUAGUGACGGAAAGUGGGGCGAGCACGAGAUUGACUACAUCCUCUUCAUCCAGGCUGAUGUAGACUUGGAGCCCAGCCCCAACGAGGUCCGUGAUACUACCUACGUCACUGCGGACGAAUUGAAGACUAUGUUCAAGCAGCCUGAGCUGAAGUUCACUCCUUGGUUCAAGUUGAUCUGUGAUUCGAUGCUGUUCGAAUGGUGGAGCCACUUGGGCACCUCUGCCUUGGACAAGUACAAAGGCGAGACACAGAUUCGUCGGAUGUAA